AAGGAAAAAAAAAAAAGGCCUCCAGAAACUUCUCAACUGGGAAGUCCAGAAUGCGUCGUUGAUUUCCUCACAGGACCUGGGGCAGAUUUGGAAGGAACUGUGCAAUGUAGGGUGUUCUUUGUGAAAGAAGAGUAGCGUGCAAAGCCGCAGGAACGCCCUCUGGGGUGUCCCCGGCACUGACCCUUAGCACGGUUGUUUGCACCAGCCCCAUUUCCCGCAGAGGGUGCCAUGGAGAGGAAGUUGGCAGGGGCCUGGCCCUGGGUCUGGGGACUCCACGCACGGCCCAGGACUCUCCUCUGAGUUAUUGGCAGCCCCGUGAGGAAGACUAGCUCUUCUCUGAUGAAGCCUGGAAUGGUCCCCCCUCCUCUCGGAGAGGAAAGCCAGAUUGUUGUCCUUCCACCUGGCUGGCAGAGCUACCUGUCUCCUCAGGGCCGCCGUUACUAUGUCAACACGGCCACCAAUGAGACCACCUGGGAACGUCCGGGCAGUUCUCCUGGGAUUCCAGCCAGCCCUGGCCCUCACAGGAGCUCUCUUCCUCCAACAGUGAAUGGAUACCACGUGGCAGGGACCCCAGCGCACCCUCCCGAGACUGCCCACAUGAGUGUCCGAAAAUCCACCGGUGAUUCCCAGAACCUGGGAUCCUCAUCACCAAGCAAAAAGCACAGCAAGGAAAACACCAUCACGAUAAACUGCGUGACGUUCCCACACCCAGACACGAUGCCAGAGCAGCAGCUAUUGAAACCGACCGAGUGGAGCUAUUGUGACUAUUUCUGGGCUGAUAAGAAGGACCCCCAAGGCAAUGGCACGGUGGCUGGGUUUGAGCUCCUGCUUCAGAAGCAACUGAAGGGCAAGCAGAUGCAGAAGGAAAUGUCAGAAUUCAUCCGGGAGAGGAUAAAGAUCGAAGAGGAAUACGCGAAAAACCUAGCUAAGCUCUCUCAGAACUCCUUGGCUGCUCAGGAGGAAGGGUGCCCGAGACCUGACGUGUGGCCCCUUGUGUCUUCCCUCCUGUCGGCUGGGCCAGGCCUCUGCCCCCGGCCCCAUGCUCACCCGUGGAGUGGGGGGCAGUGUCCCUCCCUCCUCUCGCUGCCGACGCCCCGGGAUCCUGAGCGUGUCCCCCCCCCCCAACAGCUGCACAGCGAGGUGGAGAAGCCCCUGAUGAACUUCCGAGAAAACUUCAAGAAGGACAUGAAGAAGUGUGACCACCACAUCGCGGACCUCCGCAAGCAGCUGGUCAGCCGCUACGCCGCGGUGGAGAAGGCCCGGAAGGCCCUCACGGAACGGCAGAGAGACCUGGAGAUGAAGACCCAGCAGCUGGAGAUCAAGCUGAGCAACAAGACGGAGGAGGACAUCAAGAAGGCGCGGAGGAAGUCCACGCAGGCUGGAGAUGACCUCAUGCGCUGUGUGGACCUCUACAACCAAGCCCAGUCCAAGUGGUUUGAAGAGAUGGUGACCACCACACUGAAGGCUUCUCGGGAGCGGCUGGAGGGGGAGAGGGUGGAGAUGAUCCGACAACAUCUGUGUCAAUACACGCAGCUUCGGCACGAGACAGACAUGUUCAACCAAAGCACAGUCGAGCCUGUGGACCAACUGCUUCGAAAAGUGGACCCAGCCAAAGACAGGGAGCUGUGGGUCAGAGAGCACAAGACGGGCAAUAUCCGCCCCGUGGACAUGGAGAUUUAGACGGGCACACACGGCCCCGGGGGUCCUGCGGAGGCGAGGGGCUGGGGGUCCCAUGGAGAGGAGGCGGCCGUGCCCGCCACGGGGCCCGCUGCCGAGUUCAGCUGCCCUCCCACCCCCUGUCUUGGGCCUGGUCCACUGAGCUGGGGCGAUUCCAGAAGGGCGGCCCUGCUGGGAGCUGCCGGUGUGCCCAGGCCAAGAAGACGGAUCCACAGCCCUACCCUUGUCUCCGAGGCCGAAGCCACCCCCCCGCCCCCCCGACUCCUGCACCGUGCUUGCAGCUCCAAGGACAAACUGAGGCUGGAGCUUUGUGGUCCCUGCUAAGAACCGGAGGGGUCCCCUCCCCACCCAGAACCACCUGUCAUAUACUUAGGCCCCUGGAAGCCCCAAGGCCCUUUGUCUAGCUGGCCCCCUGUGUCCCGGGCUUUGGAGGGUCACGGGAGAAAGGUCCCUGUCUCCAACCACGUAUCAGGAUCAGAAUCGUGGAUCGAAGGCACCGUUCAGCUCCCAACAGCCCGCACCCAGAAUUCUUUGCAGCCCACCCUCUUUAUUGUUUUCCCGUUGCAUUCUGGGAGCCCGCAUCCUGGCUCUUCUUGGCCCCCUUUCCACCGUCUGGGGUCUUGGGAAUAAGGCCUGGCUCCUCUCUACCCAGACUGACCCUGCCUGGAGAGGUCAGGAUGGAACUACCUCAUUCAGCACAUCAGCCCCAAGUCAGAGUGUUGAGUCGCGUUUCAUAUUAGGUCAGGCAUCUUCUGUAAAGUCUCCGGGCUGGAAACCCCAAUCCAUCCAACCCUCAGCUGCUUCCUCAGGGAAGCUCCCUCCGGCCCCCCUCGCCGCCCCCUUCCCAGGCUCUUCGCGGGGCUGGCUUAGUCCCCUGUGGGAGGGGGGUUGGGAUGGGUCUUUGUCCCCACCCCCCUACCCCCCGCCCCUGCAGAGGGCUCCACCUGCUAGUGCAUGGUGGGCGUGGGACCCCAUGUGACUUUCUCUCCCUAGUGGGCAGACUCUCAUGGUCACAGCGGGGUGUCCCAUCCUGAGCAUGACGUGGGAAGCAUUCAGCACACCGCUCAUCAGUCCCUCCCUCUCUAGAAACACAGCAAACCCGUUCUCCACCAUGUCAGACCCUGAGAAUCCGCACCAGGGGACCGGAAGACGAAAUGACACCCCUCGCUCCCCAAACGUGAUUACGUGGCCAGCAGGGGGCAGAUUCUAGCCCAGAACCCACGCCCCGAGAGCCCACGCCCGGAGAACCCAUCCUUCUUAGCUCAUCUUUCAAACCCUUGAUUACUUUCAACGUGCAGGACCCACAUGCGCCCUACAAGGGCAGGAUCCUAAGAGCACAACUCCCCGGUCCCUCAGUCUUCAUGCUGGGAAUUGAGGACUUACUCAUCUUGAGUCUUUUGGCACCUCUUUCGCUGGGUCAGAAUUAUGUGCUCACAGUUUAGAAUAGAAAGAUGCCCAAUGUCCUAAAGUAAGCCACACUCUGUCACUUGUCCUAUUGAACCAUCUCAACCAAAAAGGUCAGCGCGGAGGAUGGAUCUGUCCCUGGCAGGGAGGACCGCUGCUUCCGGAUCGGGGGUUGGGCAGGGACACCAGUGACCGAUUUGAGGAUAUCAUGUCUUGGUUUCUCUAUGAAAAAUGGGUGUUGGUAGUAAUUGCCUUGUGGCUUUAGUGGACUAAUUUGUGGUUGAUUUUCAAAUGUUCAAAGCCAAUAGCCUUGUUACUAACACAGAUAUUUUGAGUGUGA